GUUGUUUCGACAUUAAACAAUCUAGCAAGAACUUGCUAACAUCAAGAUGAAGUACGGUCUGCUUUUGCUGCUCGUUUUUGGCUUUGUUACUUUCGCCUUUGCUGUUCCUUCAGCUGAAGAGGAGAACGAAGACGAAAUUGAUCCAAAGGCUAUCGAAGAAGAUAUUGAGAAACCUGCCAAGAAUGACGUGGCCACAGUCGAAAAUGAUGAAGAUGAUAGCUCACUAAGUGAUGAGRAACCCGCGAUGGCUAUGGAUACAAUUGAGGAGAAUUUUAAAAAACCACGGCGUGAUCCAGGCUGGUGGAGUCGUCGUCGUCGUCGUCGUCGYCGCCGCCGCCCCAGUUGCAGGCACUGGCACCAUCGGUGCUACUACCCAAGAGGGCGCUGCAGUUAUCGUUAUCGUUGCUAUCGGUGUAGACAUCGCCGUUGCUGUCGUCGUUACAGGCGUUGCAGAGGUAAACCUCGAUGCUACAGAUAUUGCGUCCAUCAUGGAUAAGAUUAAAGGUGUUUGCCAUGGAAGAAUGGAAUGCAAUCAAUUAAUUGAUAAUUUCAAUGUAUUUCAUGAAGCAAUCAUAAGCUUUUAGUUCAAAACAGUAAUCUGUUAAACAAAGAUAAUAAUAAAAAACAUUUGAAACCUUA